CAUUCAUAUUUUCCAGCUUUGGCGUGAAGGUCAAGAAACAUUGCAAACAUUUUUUGCAAGGAGAAAAUGAUUGAGCAACUCUGCAAAAGAGAAGGUGAGAUGAAGGGAAAAUCCCCGUGCUGGGAGCCAGCCAUGGCUUUGGCCUCGGGAUUGUUUUAAGAAAGGAAAGAAAAACUUUAAAACAAACGGUGUCUUGCUGAGGUGGCUGCCAGGAAUGCGCUGCCUGAGCUCUGGCACCGGGGACGCCUGGGAACUGAGAAGUGCACCAAGGAGCUGGAGCUCCUUAGUUUGGAUCUUGAGCAGCUGGGGCCCGCUGGGGGAGAGUUAGUUUCGUUUCAGGCCCUGGGCUUGUGGAGGUUUUUUUUUUUUAAUUUUUAUUUUUUUCAUAGCAACGCAGCUGCAGCCUGGAAGGAGCCUGCCGCCGUCCGAGGAGAGAGGCAAAGGAGUAGAGCAGGCAGGGCAGGAGAAGGGGGGCUGUGGCCAAAAGGAAGCAGGGAGGGAAAGCAAAGCAAAGGGAACGUCUCCAGCUAAGAAGCACUGGCCUGCGGGAGGGCAGCGGAGAGAGGCGAGCCUGCAGGCAGAGCAGUGGGACAGAGGCGGGUGGGCGAAAGGGAACCGGGGGCAGAUGGCGACGGGAGGGGAAAAGGAAGAAGGGGGCGAGGAGCGCGAGGUAAAGAGGGGACCGAGCCGGGGUGAGGCUGGGCUGAAAGCGGCGAGGCGCUGACUCCAGCUCGGAGGGCUUCUCCCGCCCUGUCCCCUCUCCAGCCGCCCCGCCAGGGGGUCCCCGAGCCAGGGCUCAGCGCGGCGGCAGGUCCCUGUGUGCGCGCUGGCCGGGCAGGGAGCAGCUGGAGGCCGGGGGGAGGCUCCCGCCGAGCGGGGCGGGAGGAGGGAGUCGCCCGGCAGCGCCAGCGCGGGCGGGAGGAGCGCGGGCUCGCGGGGCGGCUGGUUCCUCGGUCUCUCCCUCCCGCAUGAGCAGCGGGGCGGAAGACUGGCCUGGGGCGCCCGGGAGCGUCUCCUCCAGCCCGCAGCCGCCCCCAGCGCCCGGGCGUGUCUCCGUCCCCCCUGCUCCUCCGGCUCGCGGGCAGCGGAGCUCCCCGGCCGGGCUCGGCCACACUCGCCCCGGCAUGGGCGCGGGUUCCCCGCGGGUGCCCGGGCUGCAAGUGGCGGGGCAGCGGCGCGGGAUGCUCUGAUCCUGGCUUGGCUUCGGCCACCCUCGUGCUGCGGGGGCUGGAGGAGGGGCUGGGGUCAGCGCCCUCCCCCCGCCCCGCCGGCAGAGGCAGCUGAAGUCGGGAUGAGCUGGGCUCCCCGUGGCUCGCCCGAGGUGGAAGCCCCCUGAGGCUGCCCGUGCCCCGAGCCCCUCUGCGUGGUGCUCUCUGUGGCCCAAGUGAAUGGCCCCCGGUAGGUGUGCGCCGCAGCACUGGCUCUGCAAGGGGACAAUGCUAGCCGGGGGGCUGCUGGCCGGCUUCUCCGUGCUCAGCCUCCUCACCUACGGCUACCUGUCCUGGGACACCCUCGGAUCCAGCCUGGAGGAGACCGAGCCCACAAGAGCCGAGCUUGGAGAGAAGCCGGCGGCCAGCGCCCCCACCUCUCAGCCUCACAUCGUUUUUAUCCUGGCUGACGAUCAGGGAUUCCGAGAUGUAGGGUACCACGGAUCAGAGAUCAGGACACCAACGCUGGACAGGCUGGCCGCGGAAGGGGUUAAAUUGGAGAAUUACUAUGUUCAGCCCAUGUGCACGCCUUCCAGAAGCCAAUUUAUCACUGGAAAAUACCAGAUACACACAGGUCUUCAGCAUUCUGUCAUAAGGCCCACCCAGCCUAACUGUUUACCUCUGGAUAAUGUGACUCUACCUCAGAAGCUGAAGGAGGUUGGCUACUCCACCCACAUGGUUGGCAAAUGGCAUUUGGGGUUUUACCGUAAAGAAUGCAUGCCGACGCAGAGAGGAUUUGAUUCUUUUUUUGGCUCACUCUUGGGCAGUGGGGAUUAUUACACUCACUACAAAUGUGACAGCCCUGGCAUAUGUGGCUAUGACCUCUAUGAGAAUGACAAUGCAGCUUGGGAUCAUGACAAUGGCAUAUAUUCCACACAGAUGUACACACAAAAAGUACAACAAAUCUUAGCCUCUCAUAAUCCCAGGACCCCUAUAUUUUUAUAUAUUGCUUAUCAAGCUGUUCACUCUCCACUACAAGCACCAGGCAAGUAUUUUGAACAUUACAGAUCAAUAAAUAAUAUAAACAGGCGGAGAUAUGCUGCCAUGCUGGCCUGUUUGGAUGAAGCCAUCAAUAAUGUGACCCUUGCUUUAAAGAGGUAUGGUUACUAUGACAACAGCAUUCUCAUCUACUCUUCGGAUAAUGGAGGCCAGCCAAUGGCUGGAGGAAGUAACUGGCCUCUCAGAGGAAGCAAAGGGACAUAUUGGGAGGGGGGAAUCCGUGCUGUUGGAUUUGUCCAUAGCCCCCUUUUGAAAAACAAAGGGGCUGUAUGUAAGGAGCUUGUGCACAUCACAGACUGGUUCCCCACUUUGAUCACAUUGGCCGAAGGGCAGAUUGAUGAGGAAAUCCAAUUGGAUGGCUAUGAUAUAUGGGAGACCAUAAGUGAAGGCAGACGUUCCCCAAGGGUGGACAUUUUACACAACAUUGACCCUAUUUAUACCAAAGCCAAAAAUGGCUCGUGGGCAGCAGGCUUUGGGAUCUGGAACACAGCAAUUCAGUCAGCAAUUAGAGUAAACCACUGGAAACUACUGACAGGAAAUCCUGGAUACAGUGACUGGGUCCCCCCCCAGUCUUUUAGCAACGCUGGCCCCAAUCGCUGGCAUAACGAAAGAGUUUCUUGGUCGGCUGGCAAAACAGUGUGGCUUUUUAACAUAACUGCCGACCCAUAUGAGCGAGUGGACCUUUCUGGUAAGUAUCCAGAGAUAGUGAAGCAGUUGUUGCGGAGACUUUCACAGUUCAAUAAGACUGCAGUUCCUGUUCGAUACCCAGCUAAAGACCCUAGAAGUAAUCCUAAACUUAAUGGAGGAGUCUGGGGCCCAUGGUUUAAGGAGGACGAGAAGAAAAAGAAGCCAGGUAAAAUGAAGGGAGAGAAUAAACAAAAAAAGAACAAGAAAAAAACAAAUCAAAAAAAGGGACAGCCCUUAAAUUGCCGUUUGCACCUUGCUAGUGGAUAGGAUCGACUAGUGUCAUUGCAUAAACCUAAGUCAGACUGGCUCCAACUUUCAGGAGCUCAUGACAUUCCACCAGCAUAGAAAUGCCAGCUCUGCACUAUGAUAGACUGAAAAAUCUCCCCUUCUGGUUUGUUCUCCGUUAUACCAGUGCCAGUUAUCAUGAUACUCUACCUGAAGAAUGUAUAAAUGCCUAUGUGGCAAAUGUUCUUCUCCAGCACAAAUGAUAUUGUCCCAUCACAGCAACAUUCCAGAUAGCAAUGGAAAUAACUUUCGCUUUCAGUGUUUCUCUGUUUGAAGGAUACUUGGUGAGGUGAUUUCAUGUCCAAAAUAGACAUUUCUAUAAUAGUAUGGAAAAAUUACUGAUAGGUAAUCCCAAACAGGUAAAGAUGAUCUAUUGAGAAAGGUAAAACCCAAAAUCUGACUGUCAAUUUAGGUUAUAUUUGAUUAUAGUCACCAUGUUUCUUUUUUUUUUUUAAUUCGGCACAGCAAAAGGUUGACCCUUAAUCAUCUAUUUCCUUUUUUUUAAAAGCUGCUUUUAAUUAAAUUGUGUUUGUCUUGCAUAAAUGGGAGAUUUUUUUUGUGUGUGCCAGGUUCCACUGCUUUCCAAUAAAAACGAAAGCACAAA